GACACGGUGUGCUUCCGGUACAACGAGUGUGUUGACCAGCCCGCAGCCUUUUUCUCUUGGCUUUCUGUAGAGCAGUCUCUCCUCCAGUGUCCCAGCUCCCUUUUACCCCUCUCUCUCGUACGGCGACACGCAAACCGUUGAACUGCUGGACAUGGCAUCUGUUUCUGCUCCUGCUCAGAGUUCCUCUGCUGGGCUCCAGAGAGGGAUAGUUAAGAUGGUCCUGUCCGGGUGCGCCAUCAUCGUGCGCGGUCAGCCUCGCGGCGGCCCGCCACCGGAGCGUCAGAUCAACCUUAGCAACAUCCGAGCCGGCGCCUUGGCCCGGCGUGCCGCCCAGAGCCAGCCCGACACCAAGGACACCCCCGACGAGCCGUGGGCCUUUCAAACCAGAGAGUUCCUGCGGAAGAAGCUGAUUGGCAAAGAGGUGUGCUUCACCGUGGAGAUCAAGACCCCCCAGGGCCGCGAGUACGGCAUGGUCUACCUGGGAAAAGACACAACAGGCGAGAACAUCGCAGAGUCGCUGGUGAAAGAGGGCCUCGCCACGGUACGGCGGGAAGGAAUCCGAGGCAACAAUCCGGACCAGGCCAGACUGUGCGAGACGGAGGACCAGGCCAAAGCGUCCAAGAAGGGCAUGUGGAGGGAAGGCGGUGGCGCGCACACCAUCCGUGACCUCAAGUACACCAUCGAGAACCCGCGCAACUUUGUGGACUCCCUGCACCAGAAGCCCAUCAACGCCAUCAUCGAGCACGUGCGUGACGGCAGUGUUGUGCGUGCCCUGCUGCUGCCCGACUACUACCUGGUCACGGUCAUGCUGUCUGGAAUCAAGUGUCCCACGUUCAAGCGGGAAGCAGAUGGCGCAGAGUCGCCGGAGUCCUUCGCCGCCGAGGCCAAGUUCUUCACAGAGUCCCGGCUGCUACAGCGUGACGUGCAGAUCAUCCUGGAGAGUUGCCCCAACCAGGUCAUCCUGGGAACCAUCAUGCACCCGAAUGGCAAUAUCACUGAAUUGCUGCUUAAGGAAGGCUUUGCCCGUUGCGUGGACUGGUCCAUGGCCGUCUACACACAGGGCGCUGAGAAACUUCGAGCUGCUGAACGAUCUGCUAAAGAGCGUAAAGUACGCAUCUGGAAGGACUACGUGGCACCCACAGCCAAUUUGGACCAGAAGGACAGACAGUUUGUGGCCAAGGUGAUGCAGGUGGUCAACGCCGAUGCAAUGGUGGUCAAGAUGAACUCAGGCGAGUACAAGACCAUCCACCUGUCCAGCAUCCGGCCCCCCAGGAUCGAAGGCGAGGAGAAGAACAAGGACAGAGACAAGCGCUUCCGUCCACUCUACGACAUCCCCUACAUGUUCGAAGCCCGCGAGUUCCUCAGGAAGAAGCUCAUUGGGAAAAAGGUCAACGUGACAGUGGAUUACAUCAGAGCCGCCACCGGCCCAGGAGAAAACACCCCGGCCUUCUCAGAGCGCACCUGUGCCACGGUCACCAUCGGUGGCAUUAACAUUGCAGAGGCUCUGGUUAGCAAAGGCCUGGCCACGGUCAUCAGGUACCGGCAGGACGACGACCAGCGCUCCUCGCACUACGACGAGCUGCUGGCUGCGGAGGCACGGGCCAUCAAGAACGGCAAGGGGCUGCACAGCAAGAAGGAGGUUCCCAUUCACAGAGUGGCAGAUAUUUCUGGGGAGACACAAAAAGCCAAGCAGUUCCUGCCCUUCUUGCAGCGGGCCGGACGCUCGGAGGCGGUGGUCGAGUAUGUCUUCAGCGGCUCCCGCCUUAAGUUGUACAUGCCCAAAGAGACCUGCCUCAUCACCUUCCUGCUUGCCGGUAUCGAAUGUCCACGCAGUUCCAGGAACACCCCUGGGGGCAUGCAGGUGGCGGAGCCUUUCAGCGACGAGGCCAUGCUGUUCACCAAAGAGCUGGUGAUGCAAAGAGAGGUGGAGGUGGAAGUGGAGAGCAUGGACAAAGCCGGCAACUUCAUCGGCUGGCUGCACAUUGAAGGGGUCAACCUCUCCGUGGCGCUGGUGGAGAAUGCCCUGUCCAAGGUCCACUUCACAGCUGAGCGCAGCAACUAUUACAAAACGCUGGUGUCGGCCGAGGAGGCGUGCCGACUGAGGAAGGAGAAGGUGUGGGCCAACUACGAGGAUAAGCCCAAGGAGGAAAUGGUGCAUAUGUCCGAGGAGAAGGAGCGCGUGGCCAAAUACAAGCCGGUGUACGUCACGGAAAUUACAGACAUGCUGCACUUGUACACCCAAGACGUAGAGACAGGAGGCCAGCUGGAAAGUCUGAUGGAGACCAUGAGGGGGGAGAUCGCUGCCCAGCCCCCAGUGGAAGGAUCCCACGCUCCACGCCGGGGCGACUUCUGCAUAGCCAAGUUCGCCGAUGGCGAAUGGUACAGAGCCCGUGUGGAGAAAGUGGAGUCGCCAGCCAAAGUGCACGUCUUCUACAUCGACUACGGCAAUAGAGAAAUCGUGUCGUCCACCCGCCUCGCCAUCAUGCCGCCCGCCUUCAGCACCAGGACGCUGCCAGCACAGGCCACAGAGUACACCUUCGCCUACAUCCAGGUGCCGCAGGACGAGGACGCCCGCGCCGACGUGGUGGACUGCGUGGUGCGCGACAUCCACAACAGCCAGUGCCUGCUUAACGUGGAGUACGCUGGCGUCACCUGCCCGCACGUCACAAUACAGUUCGGCGACACCAAGGACGACGUGGGCCUCGGCCUGGUCAAGGAGGGCCUGGUCAUGGUGGACGUGCGCAAAGAGAAGCACCUGCAGAAGAUGGUAAAGGAAUACAUGAACUGUCAAGAAUCUGCCAAGAGUGCCAGACUCAACAUUUGGCGCUACGGAGACUUCCGCGCCGACGACGCCGACGAAUUUGGCUACAGGCGCUAACAUCAACGCAGAAAAAGAAUUUUCACGAAAAAAAAAAAAAACAAAAUAAACAACCAUCCAAUCAAUGCCAUUCCAAAGACCAACAUGGACGUGGGGGGGCAUCGGUUGGCAUGGCGGGAGAGAGUGACUGACUGGACAGAAGAAUUCAAACUAAAAAAACGGGGGCGAGGCUCAUUCUUCCUUUUUAAUUUGUGAACGUCGUUAAAAAAAAAAAAAAAAAAGCAUGUUUGCGACGUCUCUGCACCCUUUCUGCGUGAUUUGAUAAUUCCGAGGCUUUUGAGCGACAGCCUGUCCUCCAAUUACUGCUUUUCUGCAAGGACAAAUGUUCUGUUUAUUUUUUAUUUGUAUUUUUAUUUUUGCGCUAACGAAGAAAACUUUGCUUUCCCUAGUGAACUUCCGUUUCAGUGAAUUUUGCGAUGAAACAAAAGGACGAAAAGGGCGAUUAUGUUUUUGUCAUGAAGUGUAAAACGUGUGUGACGGCGACAUUUCGCCAAGUUUUGUCGUCAAAAGUGACACGCACUUCCCAGGACAACGUGGCGCCGCAUUCUCCCGUCUUCUCUCUUCGUCUGUAAAUUUUCCAUUCUGUAGCGACGUUGGUGGGCUAGCCAUCUUUUCUGUCUCACAUUUGUCUCCUCAAUUCUAUUAAAAAGCUCAAUUAAAAACAACCCAGUGACGCCUUUUCA